AUGGGAAACAACAGCAGCUCCACAGUGGAUGAUCUACAGGCUGUCGAGAUCCACCACUGGUACAAGAAAUUCAUGACAGAGUGUCCUUCUGGACAGCUGACAGAGCAUGAAUUUAAGCAGUUCUUUGGGCUUCGAGGGCUGGAUCCAGAGGCCAACAAGUACAUUGAGCAGAUGUUCCGCACGUUUGAUAUGAACAAGGAUGGAUAUAUUGAUUUCAUGGAGUACGUGGCUGCCCUCAGCCUCGUUCUCCGAGGGAAGAUGGAGCAGAAGUUGCGCUGGUAUUUCAAGCUCUAUGAUGUAGAUGGCAAUGGCUGCAUUGACCGACAUGAACUGCUCAACAUCAUCAAGGCUAUUCGAGCUAUUAAUGGUGGUGACCAUGAGACUAGUGCAGAAGAGUUCACCAACCGAGUCUUCGACAGGAUCGAUGUGAACGGCGACGGUGAACUUUCUCUGGAUGAAUUUGUGGAGGGAGCAAGGAAAGAUGAGGAGUUCAUGGAGGUUAUGAUGAAAAGUUUGGACCUGUCACACAUUGUGGCCAUGAUAAACAACCGUCGGCAUAGUGUAUAAAUCAAGCUGGAAGAAAAUGCUGUGCCAACAGACAGAAGGGUGUAGAAACACAAGAAAGGAGAGACAGUGUUUUUCAAAACAAAAUUUCCAUAAACACGAAUAUGGAAGUAGGAACAGAAAGACACUGCUAUGUUUAAGCAAAUGAGUGCAUGUUCCUGUACAAAUACUGAAGCUUAGCCACAUACAUGCAGGGCAGGUUCAGAAAAACUGAAUCUGGGUGUCAGUAUUUGACUUGUUUUUCUAAAAUGUAAAGGCCAAAUUUCCGGGCACAAUUUUCCUUUUUAUUCUGUGUCCCAGAUUAUCACUUUGAAAUGGACUAAAAGUAACGCCAAGUUUGUGAAGAGCAGUAGCACAACUGGGUGGUGGAGUGUGGAGGAAAUAUUCUGACAUACAGAAGAUGAGUUUCAAGCUGUUAUUGGUGUAGAGAACUAUCAAAAGAAUGUAACUUGCACUGUUCUUGUCAUGUUAUUGGUUCAUAAACACCAGCAUGGCUGUCCAUACCAGUGUGCUUGGAUUUGGUAGUCUCUACAGAAGCUUUAGUCAUAAGGUCACAAAAACUGAAAGAAAAACCAGUCUGAUAGUAACAAAUCUGUCCUCAGCUGCAGCUGUUUGAGCUUUCUGUGGCCAAAGAACUCUAGCAAACAAGUCAGCAGUUUGGAGCACCUUCUGUAACCAAAGAAAAUAUGCUACUCAUAUUCUUCUCUCUUCCCAAAAUAGAAUAAUUACUUGGGAGAUCAAAUCUUUAUACACUCAUGGUCCUACUUAUUCUCCGCUCAUACAACUGAGUCACUGGGGAAUGCUCAAGGUCACACUGAACAAGGCUUGGAGUAACCUGAUCUAGCCCCAUGGCAUGGGGCUGAAACAAGAUGAUCUUUGAGGUCCCCUCCUACCCAAACGAUUCUAUGAUUCUACGAUAAAUGAAGUAUUUGAAGAUGAUCCUAAUAUUAUUGCCUCACACAUCCUUUAUUGGUCUUUCUUCUUGUUCUUGAGGAGACAAUCUAAUUGAAAGAAAUAACUCACCAAGGUGAUUUGUGAAUUGUGCUGUUCAUGUGAAUGCCAGAGUGAAGCUGAUACUCCAGAUCAGUGCUGCCAUAAAUAACCAGGUUUGUAUACGAGGGCAAGAGUGAUGCAGCAGGGAUAGACUCAGCAAACUGUGUCUUGUUCACAGUUCAUUAGAUAAGGUCAUGAUCAGAAGCUCCUCUGAAUCUAGGAAGAGAACCAGAAGGAAAGAAGAAUGCAGGAAAUGUUCAACAGAGUGCCUAUCCCAUAGUUGGCAUGUUUUUCCUGUGUGAGGAGGAAGAGCUUGCAGACCUGUAAUAAAACUUUAGAUUGGACUU